AUAUAAAUAGAAUAAGAAUGUAGAGUGAAAGUGCUGAAAGGACCGCAAAAGUAAUUGCACUGAAUAUUAUGCGAUUUUACUGGUACCAGCGCAGAGCAAACCAACUUGUGCGACUGCGAAUGCGAGAAGUUCGCAGAGACGACGUAGAUGAGGAACAUGGCAUGAAUGUGAUCGCAGGUCCUGCAGUCCUGGCCUUGUAUACUCUGGAAGACGAUGACAGCUUUAGUAGGGGUAGUUACAGCAGCCUAAGAAGUCCACGAAGUGAGGAGCGUGGCUAUGAAGAUGGCGAUGAGGACUCACCAGUGCGCUUAAGCACACCACCCCGAUUGCGGCUUUAUGAGGUGCGACAGUUGCAGCCAUGGGAGGGCUCGCCUGACUUUUGUGACUCUUAUUUAUGAGUAGCUAAAAAAACAAAUUACGUCUUGACUUUGUUGCCUUAAAAUUUUUGUUUCAAAAUUCAAAAAAAAAAACCA